AACGAACCUUAUUCGAGAAUUACGAACCUUAUACGCCUUGGCAUUCGACGAUUUCAGCCAAUAGUAAUUCGUUUCAGAUUUCGUUGCCAAAUUAGACUAGAAUCUUUCUUAUGAAACUUUCCCAAACCAUUGCGAUAUCCGCUCGCGAACCCCAUUACUGGAACGUUGUCGAGCGGGUAGCGAAAAUGUAUAAAUUAAUGUAAUUAACACCGAACAACUAAGAAAUUCCUUAUAUAAAGUCGUGCACCGAGAUACUUUUAAACACCUCAGGGAACACGGUAAAACCUGAAAGAUUAGGAUCGCUAAAUUUUUUUCUUUUUUUUUUUUUUUUUUUUUUUUUUCAAGGCAUAAAUCAAGUUAAACUGUGUUUUAGAAGGGGAAGACGAAAUUAAAUGGUACGGUACUGGAUCGAUGCAUUUUUAAGUAGGUGGUGGGGGAGUGGUAGUUCGUUUUACUUCGACGAGAGAGAGAGAGAGAGAGAGAGAGAGAGAGAGAGAGCAUGCGUCGUACUGUCGUAUCGAAGAGGAAAUAAAAGAUAUUCGUAUCUAAGGACAAACUAAAACGCAGUCAUUGGAUCGUCGCGUUACAUGAUCUGUCUCGUGACAGAGUUAUGGCAUUUAGCAAAGAUUUGGAUUAUGCGAUCGGUUGGAAUCGAUUUAAUCUAAAAUUUCUUGGUGUUUGGCCGGAUUUCGAUCAGCUCGAUAAAAAUAUCGGCUUUACGAAAUAUCGUUGGAUCGUACACGCAUUUUUCAUGCUAGGAUUCAUAAUCAUACCACAAACGGCGUACCUGGCAAUAAUUUGGGGCGAUCUCGAUCUAAUGACGGAAGAUUUAGCAACGGCGAACGUUCCAGUUACGAUGGCUUGCAUAAAACUUUUCGUUAUUUGGUAUCACCUUAAAACUCUGAAUCCUCUUCUCGGUGCUUUCGUCGAUGAUUGGAAUAGAUCGAAGAGCGAAGAGGAGAGAUCAAUUAUGCUGAGCAACGCUAAAAAGGCGAGAAUUAUAUCGAUGUUUUGUACGAUUAUGAUACAAAUUAUGACGACGAUAUACAUACUUCUUCGAAUCAUCAUGAUCGCGCAAAUGCAGAGGGAUCAGAUGGAACCGGCUCGAACUCUAAUCUGUCCUGCUUAUUUUCCGUACGACGUAAGGAGGACUCCGUUGUUCUAUUUAACGUAUACCGGACAAAUUCUAGCAGCAUACAGCGCGACCGUCUCUUAUACAGGCGUCGAUAGUUUCAUAUCGAUGUUGGUUCUCCAUGUAUGCGCACAAAUUUCGAAUCUCAGAUUAACUCUCAAAACGUUGGCGGACGAAAGAAGCACGAAAGAAAGAAGGGCCGAUAACUUUGUCAAAAAAUUGGCGUUAAUCGUGAAGAGACACGAACAUCUCAAUUGGUUCGCCCAGUCGAUCGAAAACUCUUUCAACGUGUUGAUGCUCGUUCAAAUCAUGACUUGCACCAUGCAAGUGUGCUUUCAAAGUUAUCAAGUUUUGACAAUAUUAGGAGAGAACGAAGACGAGUUUCCUACCGUUCAAUUGUGUUUCCUGAUACUAUUUGUAGCCGUUACUCUGUUACACUUAUACAUUUACUGUUACGUGGGUGAAAUGUUAAUUGUUCAGAGCUCCGGUAUGAGCGAAUCGGCGUACGAAUCUAAAUGGUGCGACUUGUCUCCGAAGGAAGCGAGGAAUCUUCUAUUCGUAAUGCGCCGAUCAACGAUACCACUUCGUUUGACCGCAGGAAAAUUUAGCACGUUCUCUAUGAAAACGUUUAGCGACAUCGUCAGAACCUCAAUGGGAUAUCUUUCGGUAUUGCUGACGGUAUCGGAACAAAAAGAUUAAUUUUACAAGAGUAAAGUAUAAAGAGAAUAGGAAUAUAUAGAAAUAAAUUACGAAAAUAGAAAUAAUAGAAAAAAAU